CGGAAGUCAAAAAGACAGGUUUUAGAAAGUCGAAAACUAUUUUUGUUAGGGUAAAGAGUCGAUACAAAAGCUCUGCUUUUGGCCAUUAGAGAUAGACAGAGGAGCUAAAAACCCUAGCUUUAUCAGGUUGGAGCUCGUAGUAGUGUUUCAAGGAUUCAGAAAUAGCAGCCUUAGGAAGAGUGAAAAGGAUGAAGGUGGUCGCUUUGGUCAGUGGUGGCAAGGACAGCUGCUAUGCCAUGAUGAAAUGCAUCCAAUACGGUCACCAGAUUGUUGCAUUGGCGAAUUUGCUUCCAGCUGAUGAUGCAGUUGACGAGCUAGAUAGCUACAUGUAUCAAACUGUUGGACACCAGAUAAUUGUCAGCUAUGCAGAAUGCAUGGGAGUGCCAUUGUUCAGAAGGCGAAUACAGGGAUCCACAAGGCAUCAGAAGCUUAGCUACAGCACGACUCCAGGUGAUGAAGUUGAAGAUAUGUUUAUUUUGUUAAAUGAAGUAAAAAGACAGAUACCCUCGGUCACUGCAGUAUCUUCUGGUGCUAUUGCAUCUGACUAUCAAAGACUGCGGGUGGAAAGUGUCUGUUCAAGGUUAGGGCUUGUUUCUCUAGCAUAUUUGUGGAAACAAGAUCAGUCGUUGCUCCUUCAGGAAAUGAUAGCAAAUGAGAUUGUGGCUAUUACAGUAAAGGUUGCUGCCAUGGGGUUGGAUCCUGUGAAGCACUUGGGUAAAGAAAUAGCUUUCUUGCAACCGUAUCUGCAUAAGUUGAACAAGUUGUAUGGGAUUAAUGUAUGUGGUGAAGGAGGGGAAUAUGAAACAUUGACACUAGAUUGCCCUCUCUUUGUUAAUGCUCAAAUCAAGCUCGAUGAGUUUCAAGUCAUUCUGCACUCUUCAGAUUCCAUAGCUCCUUCUGCAGUCCUUCAUCCGUUGGCUUUUCAUUUGGAGAAGAAGACAAAUACCCAAAAUAUUUGUCAGGAAAAAUCAGAUAUUGUAUUUGAAGUGCAGGGAGACUGCUUGCAAGAAUGUGGUGCUGCUCCCCAAUCUGUUGCUGAAGUCAACAAUUUAGUGGGAGUUUUGGAACAUAAGCUUCACAUAUCUAGAACACAGAAGAGUGAUACUUUUUCCAUUUGUUGCUGGUUGCAAGAUUCGCACAAACCUUCAUCAGGUUUGCUAGAAGAUAUGAAGGCUGUUCUAAGGAAAAUUGAAUUGCAACUUGCAGGAUAUGGUUUUGGUUGGGAGAAUGUUCUUUAUAUUCAUCUCUACAUUUCUGACAUGAAUGAGUUUGCUGCAGCAAAUGAAACAUACCUAAGAUUUAUAACACAGGAGAAGUGUCCUUAUGGCGUUCCAUCUCGCAGUACAAUUGAACUGCCUUUAUUGCCAGAGGGUUUAGGCAGGGCAUACAUUGAGGUUUUAGUUGCAAAUGACCAAACCAAAAGAGUUCUGCAUGUGCAAAGUAUUUCCUGUUGGGCACCUAGUUGCAUUGGACCUUAUAGCCAGGCAACUUUACAUAAGAAUGUACUUCACAUGGCUGGACAGUUGGGGCUUGAUCCUCCCACGAUGGUUCUAUGUAAUGGAGGCACCACUUCUGAGUUGGAAAAGGCACUAGAAAACAGUGAAGCAGUGGCAAAAUGCUUUAACUGUUCGAUAUCUACUUCAGCUAUGUUCUUUGUUAUCUAUUGUUCCACACAUAUUCCAUCAUCAGAGAGACUCCAAAUCCAAGAAAAGCUCGAUACAUUUCUUAAGAAAGUGAAGCUAUUUCAUCUUGACAAAGCACGCAUAUCUCCCAUUUUCUUAUAUGUCCUUGUCCCUGAUCUGCCAAAAAGAGCACUUGUAGAAGUAAAGCCCAUUCUUUUUGUUGCGGAGGAUACAGAAGCAAUAAAUGAAACUUUGCAAGACCAAUCUUGCAUGAGAUCCCAUAGUCGUUUGGGUUUUGAGCAUGCAGAGUGGCAUGAUUCUUGUGUUAAAAAAUGUGUUGUUCCUGGGAAGUUAUGUGGGGUAAUCUUGUGUGUUACAGGUGAACUUGCUGUGAAGAUCUGUACUGAUCAUUUAGGUGCCAACCAGAGCAAAGGGGUCAAUCAAAACUUAUCCAAGGAGGAUCAAAUGGAAAAAGUAUCAAGAUUUUGCAUUUAUCUCCUUAAUAAAAUUAUCAUCGAGAAUGGUUUCUCUUGGGAAGACAUAAUGUACCUGAGGUUCUAUUUUCCAACGAGCCUUCAUUUGCCUUUGGAGGCACUAUCAACCAUGUUCACCAAUGCAUUCCUUGAACUUGCUUCAAUGUGUCCAGCGAUUGCAGUUGGAAACGAGCCCAUCUUCAACCUUGUUCCUGUUUUGGGUGCUGGGGGGUCUGCCACAUCCAUGGAUGAUAUUAUCACCUGUGAACUCUUUGCCCAGAAAUCUUGAUUCUGAUUGCUUGAUGCAGAAUGAUUUAUCUGCUGGUUUUUAGUUCAGGAGGUUAGGAGUGAAGAUAACCAAAGAUAAUAGAAAUCAGCCUCUUCAUGCAAGGCUGCUCUAUCCGCUAAUUUUGUGGCACUAUCAAUCCAGGUUGACAGAUUUGAGAAUUCCUCAUCAACUGUUCAUAACUUUAGUCUCAAUGUCAUAGAAUUCAGAAGGAAAAAUAUGUAGACACAGUUUUGCGCAGAAUACAUGUACUACAUUUUUGUGUAAUAAUUUUCUUGUUAGCCUAUGCACAUCCUCCAUACCUCCAGCUUAUGGGGAAAAUGACCUUGUUACAUCUCCCUUCUCAAUUAGUCUAAACUUUUUUUCUUGCU